AUGCCUAAUAAAAACGAAGAUAAUUCAUUUGAAAGGACAUUUACAAAAAGAAAAUCAUUUGCAACGAUGGAAGAAGCUACUGAUAUCUUAGAAAUCGGUACACUUUAUUUACAAAAAUUAAAUGCUCAAUGUCAAGAAUCUAAAUUAGAAAUUAGCAAAUUAAAAUAUGAAUGUGAAUGUAGAGAAAAAGAGAAUGAAAUUUUGGAUAAAGAACGUGAAAAAGAAGAAUCAUAUACUUUACAACAUAUUUCCAAAUCAAAAGAUCAAGCAUUACAAGAAUCUGUUAAAACGUAUAAGGAUGCUUUGUUAAUUCUACAUAAAAUAUUCGACGUUGUUGAUGAUGAUAAAUGA